CAGGCUCUAACCUCAGACCAGCAACCGCAGUCCGUAUACAAAGACCGACAAGCCACGCGUGACUCAGCUUUCCAAGUGACCGCCCACCUCGCCUCGCUGCACCUGCUCCACUCACCCCUGUUUCUUUGUUUUCUCUGCGGCAUUUAAUCAAACACGAACUUUCCUAGAAGCUUCCUCGAAUAAGAUUCAAUUUAGUGGCCUCAACCGUAAAGCAUGAUCUUCAAGUUUUCUUUGUAAUGAUGGAGCUAUCUUAGUGUUACUGCCGAGCAUACGUAUCCGGCUGAGUUCUAAUUUCUUGAGGCCAAGAUACUUCUUGUAUUUUGGAAUCUAGAUUGACUUAAAUCCAAGUCGAAACCUCAUCAAUGACUGCUCGAAAUGCAAAGCAUUAGGAACUUCAUCCUGCAUCACGUGAGGUUGAGAGGAUCUUCUCAGCCAAUUUUCCUCAUUCAGGGUGGGAAUAUGCUCAAGGGAGGACUCAGUCAGCUGAUAUGCACAUCAACAAGUACCAGCCAUGAUCAAAUAAUGGAUAGAGUGAUUAAAUUGGUCAAGAAAUUCGAUAAAAUUGAUUCCCAUAAGGUUACUGAAACAGCUGAUUUCAAAAAAGAUCUGUCACUGGACAGCUUAGACAGGGUGGAGCUAGUCAUGGCUUUUGAGGAAGAGUUCUCAAUCGAGAUCCCGGAAGAAAAAGCAGACAAGUUAACUUGCUGUGCCGAUGUUGCAAGAUACAUUGUUUCAACAACUGAGUCUAAAGCAACAGAGUCCUGAUUCAUGGACCAGCUGGGUGAAAAUUUUAGAAGUUGCUUCAUACUUUUUACUGUUAAUUAGUUGCUUUCACAGUUUAUUAAACCAAUAAUUGUCCUUCA